AUGAGGUUCAAACACGGCGACUACACAGUAGCAUGGAUCUGCGCCUUGCCGUUGGAGAUGGCAGCGGCAAAGACCAUGCUGGAUAAGAUCCAUUCUCCACUGCCCCAGCCAAAAACCGACCAUAAUGCAUACACACUUGGGAAUGUUGCCGGGCACAAUGUGGUGGUGGCCUGUCUCCCAUCAGGCGUCUACGGAACCACAUCUGCGGCAAUCGUGCUUGCUCACAUGUUGCCGACGUUUCCUUCUCUUCGAUUUGCGGUAAUGGUGGGCAUUGGUGGUGGUGUGCCCAGCGAAAGCACAGAUAUUCGCCUUGGUGAUAUCGUCGUUAGUAUGCCAACAGCAACCUAUGGAGGCGUGAUCCAAUAUGACUAUGGGAAGACACUUUACGAUGGAUAUUUACAUCUCACUGGAUCGCUUAAUAAGCCCCCGCAAUACCUUCUCACCGCAGUAUCUCAAAUACGCAGUGACUCUCACUUUAAGAAAGGUAUAUCAGAGAUGUUUCAGAAGCAACAAAUUUCACGUCCAGAUCAAGACUGGCUGUUCAAACCUGAUUAUCACCACGACACCAAGCUUACCCACUGUUCAGCAUGUGAUCAGUCUCAGCUAGUGACUCGCCAAACACGAAAGACCAACGAGCCAGUCAUUCACUACGGGUUGAUUGCUUCUGGGAAUCAAGUCAUGAAGGACGCUAAGACACGAGAUUCUAUUGCCGAAGAAUUAGGUAUCCUCUGCUUUGAGAUGGAGGCAGCUGGGUUAAUGGAUCAGUUGCCAUGCCUCGUUAUUCGAGGUAUCUGCGAUUAUUGCGACUCUCAUAAAAACAAGGAAUGGCAAGAGUAUGCUGCUCUUUCCGCUGCUGCAUACGCUGCUGCACUACUGGCUGUUGUUCCUAGUACCAGGAUUAACGCUCAACCAGACCAAAAAACCGAGUUCACUGCCGAAGAGAAAGCAUGUUUGCACGAUCUGUUCAUUACAGACCCGACAGAUGACAGGAAAGCACUCGAACGGAGAAAGGGACAUCGUGCUCCCGGUACAUGCAGCUGGAUAUUGGAAAAAGAUGAACUUAAAAGCUGGCUCCAAAUUGGUGAAAACGGUGCUCAGAAAGAGUCAAAUAUAUUUUGGCUAUACGGAAACCCCGGAACCGGAAAGUCAACCAUGGCCAUCACAUUAACGGAAGAACUUCCAAACCAAAUUGAAUUCCUUAGUGGGAGAAAGAGGCUUGCUUAUUUUUUCUGCGAUUCCGGUUCUGAGCACCAGCGGACCGCAACCUCUAUCCUACGGGGGCUUCUUUAUCAAUUGAUCACGCAGCAUAAAUCUCUGAUGAAGUACUUGCAUCCGAAAUAUACGGAACGGAAAGCAAAAUUAUUUACUUCAUUUGAUGCCUUAUGGUCGGUUUUGAUGGACAUGGGCCAAGAUCCCUCUAUUUCCGGAACCUACUGUAUCGUCGAUGCUCUAGACGAAUGCGAACCAGAUGACCAAUGGAUAAUCCUUCACGAAAUUGACCGAACAUUUAGUAAUUCAAAGCCACAACAAUCCUCGUCAAAUGCCAUGCAUUUCUUGAUUACUAGUCGGCCAUAUCCUGAGAUUCGUCGGUAUCUAUCAUCUUUCUCACACCGGGAUCUGUCUGCCUACCCUGCAGUCACAACUGACUUGAAAACAAUGAUUCAGGAGAGGGUUGCCUGGUUAAGCAGACAGAACAACUACCCGAGACCACUGAUGACAGAAAUAUCACAGAUCCUGGAACAGAGGGCAGAAGGGACUUUCUUGUGGGUCGGCAUUGCUUGCGGUGAAUUAAGACGAGUCCAGGCGAGAAAGGCAGUAAAGACGCUACAACAUUUACCAAAGGGGUUAUAUUUUCUCUACCAGAAGCUAUUCGACACAGCUAUUACACAGUCCGAUGAAGAUGACAAACCACUUAUCUUGAAGCUCGUGCGCUUUGUUGCGAUUGCACAACGUCCAUUCACAAUUCCAGAAUUAUUCGAAGCCUGCGAGCUACAUCCUGAUGAUGACGAGGCUAGCCACUGCUUCAUGGAUCAGUCAGAGACUUCCUGA